UCUUCAUCCUUGAAAUAGCCCUCCGCAUAUCAUACCUGGUUUUCUGGUACAGGCCUGGGUCGCCAGACUUGAAUGCCACAGAUCUAGCCUUCAGCAGAUGACGUACCUCCUGGUUCAUCCACGGCUUUUGGUUUGGGAACGUAGAGAUUACCUGAGAUCUAUUUAACAGAAGCAUAAUUGUCACAUUGUAAAGCAAAAGAGGAAGAAAUCUGAAAUGUUCACAAAGCAGCCAGAUGUCGUAUUACUACUGCUGAUCGGUCACUUGUUCACGCAGGCCAACGGCAGCACCAUUCACCAGGCCGGGUACUGUUCCUUCAGCGAGGACUGCGGCAAGAACCCGGAGGUGGGCAACAACCUUCUCCCGGCCAGGGUGCCCUGUGUGUAUAACGGGCCGGCCCUCCACUUGACAGGAAAUCACCUGUCCAUGCUGAAGCAGGUCUGCCCCAUGCUCUACACCGGGAGCUCUACCCGGGCGUGCUGUAACGUCAAGCAGCUGAAGAUGUUGGAGAAGAGCCUGUCCCUCUCCAAGGCGCUGCUGGUCCGCUGCCCGUCGUGCGUACAGAACUUCAUCAACCUUCACUGCCAGAAUACCUGCAGCCCCAACCAAAGCCUCCACAUUAAUGUCACCAGGACCUUCAUGGCCAACGAGACGGGGCCGCCGCGCCUGGCGGUGCUCGAGUACCGGUGCUUCUACCAGCGGCAGUUCGCGGACGGGACCUUCGACUCGUGCAAGAACGUGCGGAUCCCGGCCACCGGCGGCUACGCCAUCUCGCCCAUGUGUGGCAAGUACGGCGCGGCGCUCUGCACCACCCAGCGCUGGCUCAACUUCCAGGGAGACUCCGGCAACGGGCUGGCCCCCUUCGACAUCGACUUCGUGCUGGUGGCCGCCGACGAGGCGGGGCCCGGCGGCGGCUUCGUGCCCUACGGCGGCCACUUCUGGAGGUGCAACGAGUCCACGGCCAGCGACGGCCAGGCGUGCUCCUGCCAAGACUGCCCAGCCUCCUGCCCACCCAUCCCGACCCCGCCGCCGACCCCCGUCCCCUGGGAGAUCGGAAGCCUCCCCGGCUCCUUGGUGGUCUGCAUCGCCCUCUUCUGCGCGCUGACCGCCCUCUUCGCGGUCUUCCUGACUGUCCGCUGGGCGCUGAGGAGCCGGCUGGCGGGCAAGGCUUCCCCGGCGGCCCCGGGCGACGGGGACUGCGCCUACAAGGUCAGUCAGGUCACCCAAGGGUGGGUGGCCAACGCCUUCAGGCGCUGGGGAACGGCGGUGGCGCGACACCCGCUGCCGGUCAUCGGCGCCUCGGUGGUCGUCGUGGCGGUGCUCUCGGCCGGCCUGACCUACAUCACGCUGACCACCGACCCGGUGCAGCUCUGGUCGGCACCCAACAGCCGCGCCCGGCGGGAGAAAGACUUCCACGAUGCCAACUUCGGCCCCUUCUUCCGCACCAAUCAGAUCAUCAUCACCGUGAGCAACCGCUCGGCCUACACCUACGAGUCGGUGCUGUUCGGCAAAAACAGGUUCUCGGGCAUCUUCUCCAAGGACAUCCUCUUGGAACUGCUGGACUUCCAGACCAGGCUGCAGAACAUCGAGGUGUGGUCCGAAAAGGCCCAGAGGAACAUCAGCCUCAAGGACUUCUGCUUUGCCCCGCUCAACCCUUACUCACCGCGCUCCACCGACUGUGCCGUAAACAGCCUCCUCCAGUACUUCCAGAACAACAGGAGCAGGAUCAACGCCGUGGCCCUGCAGAGCAUAGCCGGGAAGAACGGCACCGUGGACUGGCGGGACCAUUUCCUCUACUGUGUGAACUCCCCUCUGUCAUUCAAGGACAAUACGGAGAUGGGAAUGAGCUGCAUGGCUGAUUAUGGUGCACCCGUCUUUCCAUUCUUGGCUGUUGGUGGAUACUCAGGUGAAGAUUUCUCCCAAGCCCAAGCACUCAUCAUGACAUUCUCUCUAAACAGCUACAGUCGCGAUGAUCCCAGAUUCGAAUUUGCAUUGCUCUGGGAGAAAGAAUACUUAAAAAUUCUACAACAGUACAAGCAGAACAAAUCCAUCAGUUUCAACUUUGUCUACAUGUCAGAGCGCUCCCUGGAAGAUGAGAUCAACAGAACCACAGCACAAGAUAUUCCAAUUUUUGCCAUCAGUUACCUGGUUAUAUUUAUUUACAUUGCCUUGGCCCUUGGGGAGUAUUCCAGCUGGAGGACUAUUAUGAUCGACUCAAAGAUUACGCUCGGGUUGGGCGGAAUUCUUGUGGUGUUGGGAGCUGUCCUCUCGUCCAUGGGCUUUUACGCUUAUAUUGGAGUUCCCUCCUCCCUCAUCGUUCUGGAGGUGGUUCCCUUUCUAGUGCUUGCUGUGGGUGCAGACAAUAUAUUCAUCCUCGUUCUCCAGUAUCAGAGGGACGAGAGGAGAGCAGAAGAACGUCGGGAGGAACAGAUCGGCCGUGUGCUGAGCGAAGUGGCUCCCAGCAUGCUUCUCUGCAGCUUCUCCGAGUCCAUCUGCUUCUUCCUUGGUGCCCUCACCAAGAUGCCAGCGGUGCGCACGUUUGCCCUGUACGCAGCACUGGCUGUGCUCCUCGACUUCCUGCUCCAGAUGUCGGCCUUCGUAGCUCUGUUGUCCCUGGACGCUCGGAGAGAGGAGGCAGCCAGGUUUGACAUAUGUUGCUGCGUACGUUCAAAACAUAGAAAGAAGAAGAAGAAGAGAGAAGGUUUCUUGCUGACCUUAAUGAGAGAGUAUUAUGCCCCUUUCCUACUGCACUCUGUUACAAGGAUUGUUGUGAUGAUUACAUUCCUCUUCAUGCUGUGUGCUGCUAUAUUUUUGAUGUUACAUGUUCGCGUGGGCCUCGACCAGGAGCUGGCUCUGCCAACGGACUCGUACAUGUUGGAUUACUUUGCUGCCCUCAACAAGUAUUUUGAAGUGGGCGUCCCUGUGUACUUCGUCACAACUGCCGGUUACAACUUCUCCACCAUAGCUGGGAUGAACGGAGUCUGCGCCAGCGUGGGAUGUGACAAUAGCUCCUUGGCGCAGAAGAUCCAGUACGCCACGGAGUUCCCCAAAGAGUCCUAUAUAGCCAUCCCUGCUUCCUCGUGGGUGGACGAUUUUAUUGACUGGCUAAACCCCAUGUCACGUUGCUGUAGAACCUUCAUCCUGGGACCCAAUGCUGGCCAAUUCUGCCCAGCUACCAGCACUAAACCGUUUUGUAUAAAGAAAUGCCUCCCACCAAACCUCAGCGGCAUCGUCAGACCAUCCACUGAGAAGUUUAACGAGUUCCUACCCAACUUUCUGAAUGACACCCCCACGCUGGAGUGCUCCAAGGGAGGUUUGGGAGCCUAUGGGAAUGCUGUGAGGAGAGGCGAAGGAGGGGAAAUUUUGGCCUCCAGAUUCAUGGCGUAUCAUGUGCCUCUGAAAAACUCGCUGGAAUACACCGCAGCACUGAAGGCAGCUCGAGUGAUCGCUGACAGUAUCACAGAAACCAUGAGGAAGGUUCCGGGGACAGACCCAAGCUUUGAAGUCUUCCCUUACUCAAUUACCUACGUGUACUACGAACAGUAUCUGACCGUAGUCAAUGAAGGGAUUUUCAAUGUCGGUAUCUGCCUGAUCCCGACUUUCGUGGUGUGCUGCAUCCUGUUGGGAAUGGACAUCCGGUCGGGCUUCCUGAACCUCAUCACUAUAAUCAUGAUCAUCGUGGACACGGUGGGAGCGAUGACCCUGUGGAAUAUCGACUUCAAUGCCGUCUCUCUCAUCAACUUGGUUACGGCUGUGGGCAUGUCCGUGGAGUUUGUCUCUCACCUCACGUGCUCGUUUGCUGUCAGCACCAAGAAGAAUAAAGUGGAACGAGCGAAGGAAGCGACCGCCAACAUGGGCAGUGCGGUGUUUGCUGGCGUUGCCAUGACCAACCUCCCCGGCAUCAUCGUGCUGUACUUUGCAAAGGCGCAGCUCAUCCAGAUCUUCUUCUUCCGUCUGAACCUUGUGAUUACGCUGCUGGGUAUGGCUCACGGCCUCAUCUUCCUCCCUGUUCUCCUCAGCUACUUCGGCCCAAGUGUCAACACUGCAGCACUCCCGCAAGAACAAGCAGACAGUCAGCCUCCAACCAAGGGCCUACACUGCAACUGUUUCUCCUCGGACUUUGGGGACGACGGCCCCAUCAAGGACAAGAAACCCCCACCAACUGCACAGAGCAAUGCAACAGCUGAGCAGGAAGAAGACUCGACUCCAGCACACACAGGAGCCUCUUCAGAAGAAUUCACCCAGUACGAAACACACACGAACUGGACGGGCACCUCGGUCACUUCAUUUUGAAGCCUCUUCGUGUUCUGCCUCUCACACUGAGGAGUUGGGAAUAUCGUAACAGCUGGUCAGCCAACUCUGAAAUUCAUUAGGGUGAAUUCUCCCGAUAGGAUCACAUGGUUUACUGUUUAAACUCCCGGGAGAUACAGUGCCCACCCCCUGCUGGACUGAAUCAAUUGUGUAUUCUGCUGCUCGGUUUCCAGCGACUUGCUUAUGUUUUCUAGCGUCUGCAGAAUCCCUUGUGUUCCUGGAACACAUUCACUCAACAGCGAUUUCCACACUUUUCUUCACAGACCACUCUGAAACUUCAGACCCAUCCCUCUCGAACAUGUGGCACGCAUGGAAGAGCCAAGGAGCAGAAUUAGGCCGUUUGGCCCAUCAAGUCUGCUCUUCCAUUCCAUUAUGGCUGAAUCCCUCUGAACCCCAUUCCCCUGUCAUCUCCCCGUAACCUCUGACACCCUGACUAAUCAGAUUCAUUAAUUUAUCAUAUUGAAACAGUGAAAUGUGUCAUUUGUGUUAAAAAAUCUCAGGGUUGUAUACUGCAUACAUACGUUGAUAAUAAAUAUACUUUGAAUCUUUGAACCAACCUAAUGAUGCGCUGGGCGCAGCCCGCAAACGUCACCACACACUCGGGCACCCACGGUGUUCAGCGGACAACGAAAGCUACAACAGCAAACAAACCCCAUUUACACACACUUUCACAAACCUGCUUUCAAUAUACGCAAUGACUUGGCCUCCCAAGUCACCUGUGGCAAAGAAUUCUACAGAUUCACCACUCGCUGCCUCUGUCUAUCUCUGUUCGAAAGUGACGUCCUUUUAGUUUGAGGCCGGGUCCUCUAACCCUCAGCUCUCCCACUAUAGGAAACAUCCUCUCCACAUCUACUCCGUCGAGGCUUUUCAAUAUUUGAUAGGUUUCAGUGAGAGCCCCCCUCCCCACCAGUCAUGCAGAUUUUUUUAGGUUGUGAGUUGAGGGAAGCUCUCUGUUGGUCAGGGUCGAUCACAAUGUUGUGUCCUAAUUGUCUAUGGGAUACGCAGGCCAGGACGGUACGAUGCAGAGAGGAAGCUGUUGCCCAUGUUGCAAUCACUGCCUCUCCAUGCAGCUAAUAAAUCCAAAGGAACAGCAGAGUCCGAUACAGCUUGGGUACGGUGGAGUUGCCAGUCUGCGUUGAACUCAACGUAGGACUGCCUUAGCAACUCCAGCUCCAGGUUUUUCCCUCGGGGUUUACUCCCAAAGCCUUCCCCAUGAGUGGGUAUGGCUACAAGGCAGCGGAGGUUUCAGAUCAUUUUUCUUCUCCUCGAUUAGCAGCCUUCCAUGGCUGAUGAGCCCCGUCUGCCCGAAGCGACUGGUUUUAAGGCUCCAGCAGCCUGCCUUUGCCCCUUCUCCUGUCAGUAGAAGUCAUUCCACCGGGCUUAGUAGCUAAACCACAUGAGAAGGCCAGGAGCUGGACUUGGUUGUCAGAGGCUAUUUGAUAUGCACACCAUUGGCUAUUUAACAGGUAUUGGGAGCUUAACCCCAUUACCACCCCCAGUUAUAACACCUUAAGGAAUAAAACUUAGCUUGCAUUGUGCAGGGAACAUAACAAUCAAUUUUUGCACAGCCCAGUCACACAUGGCAAUUAAUGCCUAGUUCAUGCUUAUUGGUGUCAGGGAGAUCUCCACUCUUCAGUCAGUGCUUUCUGUUAUUAUUUAUGCCCUCAGCUCGGUCUUUUGGUUUUAAUUGUGCUUUGAAGUGCAUUGCACCCUCCUAACUGUAGAGGGUGCUCCAGUCUGUUGUCUCCUUGGAUACAUGGCAGAUGACGGAAACUGAAGCAACAACCAAAGUGCUGGAGAAGCUCGGCGGGUCAGACAGCAUCUGUGGAAGGAAAUGGGCAGUCAUUGUUUUGGGUUGAUACCCUUUCCAUGCCCGUAUGAAGCAUCUGCACCAGAAAUACUGAGUCCAUUUCUCCCCACGGAGCUGGUGAACUCCUCCAGCCAAUUACAAACACAAGAGUAGCAGCAGGCGACACUUGUGGGCUACCCCCCAGCAUAUUUCAGACUGUGUUGGCCGUUGAUGCAAACGACCCAUUUCACCAGACAUUUCGAUGUAUAUGUGACAAAUCAAGCUAGGCUUAAAAAUGCUGGAAACACCCAGCAGGUGGUGCCAACACCCAUGGAGAGGGAAGCAGUGAAAACAUUUCAGAAUCAGGUUUAAUAUCACUCACUGGCAUAUGUCGUGAAAUGUGCUGUUUUACGGCACAUUUCAGCUGGAUGAUCUUCUCGCAUAUGUCACCUGACCUGCCAAGUUUUUCCAGCACUUGCUGAUUUUAUUUCAGGUUUCCAGCAUCUGCAGGUCUCUGAGAUGUACUCGCUGU